AUGUUGGUUGGCGAUGACAUUGGCGAGAGCACGGAGGGGACAAAGGUUGAGGUUACUGUCGGGGACAUUGAUUUGAAUCAACCUAGAGCUGUGUUAUCUCAGUUGAACGUUUGGUUGAAUGUGAAGGUCAAGGUGUGGAACGAGGGGUCCAAUUACGAGAGAGGAAGAGGAUUAUUCCUAUGUGGAGAUCGUUGA